UGACAGAUGAGAUGAAAGUUGAUUUCAAUAUAUUUUGAGGUUAUAGACGAGGCGAAUCUCGAUCUAAUAUGAACGUAUUUACUCAACUAAUUAGCGAAUGAUUAAACGAAAUGAUUUAACCGUUCUAAAAUGAACGCCCUAUUGAUAUUAUUUUUGAUAUUUGUAGUUAUUUACUCUUGUGUUUCAUGGCUCUUACCCACGUUACUGGCAUGGCUGUUCAUGAGAAAAUACCAUAUAAAGUUGAAAAUUGGUAGAAUCGCUGUGCCAAAGUUGAUACUCAAAGAUGUAAGCCUAUCCAAAGAUAGGUAUUCCAUACAUAUAGACGAAAUCUCAUUUCAAAGUAGUUGUUUCAACUCUGAUAUAAACAAACUAGUAUCAGUUGUCAUCCGAGGAGUGGAAGUAACUAACAAUGUGGAGGAAAAAAAGAAUGUUGUUGUGGAGACGAUCCUUAAACCGUUACUGUCGAAGCAGAACUCUGCCGCAAGAUCCGAUGGUUACGAGGAGAUGGCGGACAUUGAUAAUCUUGAGAGUAACCUGAAUAGGUUAGCUAAUAAGAAGCUAUUGGAUUUUAGGGACAAGAAACUACCACCGAGUUUAAUUAUGUUUGCUCAGUUCAUGGGGGUACAUAUAUUCAAUGCAUCCGCAACUAUACACAGUGGCACAGUAGACAACCCUUGGUCUUUAACUCUUACUGCUGCCGAAGUUCACGCAGAUGGCGCUGCGGGCGGGCCUGCGCGUGCGCUGGUGUUCUCUACGAAGUUGGUAGAGGCUAAAGCGAAGGUGGUGGGGAAGGGGGAGUGUUUGGGGGAAGCUAUGUGCUGUCUGGUGAUUGAGGGAACUGUGAAGGCUGAUGGCCCUUUGAAUGUAGAGAAAAUCCACGUAAUAAUCAGUAACACGUCAGUGACAUUCAAGGAUGAGUUGUACCAAUUCUUGAAGAGCCAGAAGAAGCGCCGGCGCACCAGGGUGUUACAAGUAAAUGAUGAGGAUCAUCUCUCCACUAUCAUUCCGAGAUUCUCACCUGUUAUACCAAAGAUUUUCAGUUUAAAGAUAGACACAACAAGAGUAAGUUGCAAAGACAAAACUGUAAAUACAAACUUCGAGAUGUCUUUGCAGAGCUUACAAGUAAACUCCAGAUUCAGUGCCGCAUUAGUCCACUACGAUGAGAGUGACGUGGAAGUGAGCGGUCUGCCGCAGGUGUACGUGGCGUUCCAGAUGGAACAGUACCAGCUCGUUGCGGACGGAUUACCUUUAGCUGUUCUUAAUAAGCUCAAACUGGAUGCAAAGUUGGAGAAAGGAGUAUUAAAUCUAUAUAUAAUAAUAAGUACGCUGAACAUUAGUUAUAGUCACAUAGACGCAUUUAAAUGGUACAAAUCUGUCAAAGACAAAAUAAGGAAAGCGCAGCCUUUGCAAAUUAUGGAAGUGGAAUCUCCUUCCCCCUCCCCCCCAAUAUGGCUAUCCCGCAUAUUCUCGUCGUGCAUAGUACAGGGGUGCGCGGAGUUGCGUGCAGUGUCCGUGCACGCUCGACUGACCAAUCACAACGCACUCGGCUUCGGAUGCAGUGGCGUCAAGGUCAAACUCGACCAGCUGUUGGAGACUAGAGAAGAAUGGUACCGUUGUUCAGUAGCCCGCCAGGCGGUGGGAGGUAACCAAUGGGGAGCGGAGUUACUGGUGGAUGGGGGGUGGAUGGCGUGUGGACCUGCGGCACUAACUAUACGCUCCCCCCCACCGCGGAGACACCAUACUUGGGGGGAGGCGCUACUAGCUGUGGCACUCGUUAAGUGGGCCACACAUGGACCUAAUGAUUCUAAGGUGGAAGCAAUGGUAGACUGCCUUCGUCUAGAAUGGAGCCCCAUCAUAGCUCAAACCAUCAUAUCACUAGCCGACUGCCUAAACGAGUACAAGUCCUCAUCACCAAUGGUGCAGGACCUUGAAGAGGUCUCAGAAACCAGCUCCAAUAUAUCUGUGAACGUGGCCUUGUCUCAUAUCAACCUAUUCCUCAUUGUGAACGAGGAUAUGUGCCUGAUGACCAGGGUCGAUGCUGUGACCUUGGAGAAGAAUGUCAGUAAAUCUGGUGCUGUCAUCUCUGGACUGAAGGUUGUGGAUAUAGUGCCUUAUAAAGGAAACAUCCACUGUCAGCGAUCAGACGAGAUACCAUCAACAUUUUUCCACGUGAAACUAGCACGGAUAGAGUAUCUCCUCUCGAAAGAGAAGUACUCUUCACUCUUAGAUGUCCAGUUCAUAGAGAACGUGGACUUAGAAUGGAGUGCCAACUUACACCUGAAAGUCUUAACCUUCGUUAGAGCCGUGAAGGAGUUCCAGCAGGAGUUGAGAGUGAGAAGGAGUCAGGUUGUGAAAAAGAAAGGGAGAGCGCUUGAUUGGAGGGUAGCUUUUAAGGGAGAAACCAAUUUGGGACUGAUUCUGUCCAAGGAAAAUAGUAUGCUGUUUGCCACAGAUGACAUGACAAUAGCUUACGACCACGAGAUAGGCCUGUCUAUCGUAUGGAGCAAGCUGAACAUGAUUCUCAACGGAGACGAGGUCAUCAUGGUGGAAGGAUACUCCCAGGAACGAGUGGCUGAUGACCUUGAGGUCAGGGUCGAGAGGAAGGCCAACGAAGGGUUCGCGCUUACUUGGAAUAAGGUUUGGUUGGUGACAGUAGAUUCAGUCCGCGUGGUGUUUCCCUACAAGCAUCGGUUCGCGGAGGCCGUGCAGGGCGACUUCGUGUCCCUCUUCAAGUGGAUCAAGCUGGUGCACGGCAUCAAGAAGAAACCCUUCACUGUUGAUAGCCCACUGCCUAGUGAUCUGCAUAUUAAGAUUGAAGAGCUUCUGAUAGAGAUGAGCGAUGAUCCGUUCGAGGUGAAGCUGCGAGACAACUACGAGCUGUUGGAGGAUGAAUACAAGGAGAGUCAGAAACGACGCACCAUGCUCGAUGCUAAGGUACAAGAACUAUGCAAGCCCCACCUGUUUCUACCAGCGGGUAAAGUAGAAGAGCUAUACUCCGCGUUACGUCAGAAGGACGCCCAGAUCUACGUACAACGGUGUCGCGCCGCGCCCCCGCCCCGCACCCGCCUCGUCGCAUGUUGUCUGUCGAGGUUCUCACUGGUGGCACUAGCUGAUCCUACCAUACAUGGAACGCAGAAUGCGCAAGCGAGGCUCAGGGAGAUUGAUCAUGAUAGUCCAUGGCCAGAAGACGGCAUCGAGUUCACUACGCUCUGGUGUCGAAGUAUCAACAUGAGUUGCACUCAGUGGCAGUUGUUACUGAGGGACUUCCCUCAGCCCUUGCUGAGUAUGAGCGAGCUGAAGAUGUGGGGUACCCUACUGGCUGCAGAGGAACAAGCUCCACCACGUGCCGUCCGCACAGUGACGAUAGACCAGGGCGCGCCGUGGGGCGAGCAGGAGUUGGAGCGCAGCAUGAUGCCGCUCAAGUGGUACUACGACCUGUGCUGCGAGAUGGCUGAGUAUAGCUACGCGUUCGGACCCUGCUGGGAACCUGUUAUAGCUCAUUGCAACUUGUCCUUCGAUCAAGUAUCUCGUCCGUCUUUGGACCCGUCAGCACCGCUCUCGUGGUGGGACAAAGUACGUCUGCUGAUGCACGGCCGGCUGACCGUCAACUGCGCCAAGUUCACGUGUCUCCUACAUGUGUCCCUAGAUCCUUACAAUACCACGGAGGAAAUGGAGGUUACCUGGACCGACCUGGUGCUGGAUUGGACUAAUGGUAGACUAGGCUUCCUAGGCACCCUGGACGUGUACGUGCGCACGGCGAGCAAGUACGACGACUGCCGCGUGCUGCGCGUGCCCGCGCUGCGCCUGUCCGUCAAGAUGGGCUGGCAGUGCGUCGCCGACCCCCGGGACCACCACGCCGUGGCGCCCUGUGCUCCCACCAGGCUGCCCGAGUAUUCUAGUAAUCAGGAACACGACUCGUACAGAGCGUUCAGGUCUCAAGGACUGGAUCUCCACCUCAGCAUGGAGACGAAGCCUGUGGACAAAGAAGGAAACGGACCCGUACUACUGCUAUAUGGAAGUACACUCAGGUGGUUCGAGAGCCUAAAACUGAUUCUGUCAGGCAUCACCCGACCGACGCGUCGCGGACGUAUCUUCAAGAACGUGCGCCCGCGCAAGCCGCAACUAUCACGUCACUACAGAAAUGUCAGCGUGUCUGUUACGUUACACAAUUUACAGGUCUUCUACUGGUCAUCAUCAUCGCUUCAGCGUGGUAUAGAGAUGUUAGGAGUCCGAGUGACGUGUGGCUCCAAGCACCGCCUGUCCCUGGUGGCCACCAAUGAUGGACUGGUCCGCAGGCCCCGCGCCAACUGGACUACAGUCUACAUGAACUGUGACCUGAAUGACGCUGAGAUCUGGUUGAAGACCCUGGCUGCUGAUGAAAAGGAUGGUGAUGAGUACCCGGGGCUGGCGGCCCGCGUGCUGGAGAAGUGCUACUGCCUGUCAGUGCGGCGCGUGUCGUACGGGCGCGAGGCGGGCGCCUGUACGGGCGCCUGUACGGGCGCGCCGCCCACGCACCGCCUCGCUGUACACGACCUGCGCGGCGCCUGGACCAAGCUCAACAGGGACCUCGCCUUCGCACUCAUCGAUACCUAUAUUAAGACUCAGCAAUUGAAGAAGAACCUAUCAACCAAGGCUUUGAAGGAAGAAGAACAACCGAACACAUCUCCCAAACACCAGCGGGAAGUUGACGUCAUCUCACCUCCACCCCCAGUUAAUACACAAUCGAGCGGCGCGGCGGCGGGCUGCGGCGGCGGCAUGCUGGCGGCGCUGGUGGCGGAGGCGGGCGGCGCGGCGCCCGUCGUCUUCAGCGACGAGCUCUCCGGCGCCGAGGCAGACGCGCCGCCGCCCAUCGCCACGCAUCUCAGGCACGAGCUCGACGACGACAACGCGCAUACUGCGUGUCUCAUCGAGCUGGUGAACUCGCAGGUGGUGCUGAAGGGCUGCGAGACGCGCGGCUACGUGAUCCUGUGCGCGGCGCGCGCCGAGGUGCGGCAGCGCGUGCGGCGCGCGCCGGCCGCCGCGGCGUGGAGCGGCGCGCUCUCCGCCAUGCAGUACUACGCCACCGUCUCCGCCGCCGACAGGGACCAGCUACUCGAGAACAUCCAGUGGGUAUCAGUAGAGGAGAUAGAGGAGCGGUGGCAGAGCGCAGAGAUCAGUACCCUGCCCGACGUGCCCAGGCUGGUCGGUAGUGGACACUCCGCCGGGGGAGUCAUUGGGAGGACCGUGGGACCCAGCGCCGACACUGGACUCGCACAGCUCCAACGCAUAGUGUCUCGCUGCGCAUGCGAGUUCUACUACGUGUCGCACGAGGAGGCCGAGUCCGCGGGGCAGGGCGCCGGCUGGGACCAGCAACAACCGUACGACUCCUUCACGCUCAUGCACCAUGACCUCAACGUCUGCACCAACUCGCUGCAGUACGCGAUGUUACUAGAUGUAGUAAACAACGUAGUACUCCACGUCGAGCCGGAGCGGCGACGUACAUUGGAGCGGCGCGCACGUAUGAGGUUCCAACUACAACUGCAUCAGGACCAGGACCCCAGGCAACUUAUACAUAAACUGCAGACACAGGUGAGGGAGUCCCUAGCAAGACUUCGAAGACUGGAGAAGGAAUAUUACCUCAAGAACAGGUCGAUGACAGGGAACGAUCCUGCUGCCAUGGACGAACUGAAGAGUUUGGAUGAUCAGGUGAACGAGUGCAAGGAGCUGGUGUGGUCCCUGGGCGAGGAGCUGGACGCGAUGGUCCGCGCGUGGCGCGAGGCGGGCCGCGUGGCCGCGCCGGCCGUGCGCGCUGCGCAUGCGCCGCCGCACAGGUACAACGAGAUCUGCUUCAAGUCCGCGCGCUGGAGGCUCACUGACGCCGACGGACAGCUCGGGAUUGCUGAUCUGCUGCUAACUAACUUCUUGUACACAAAGACGUCUAGGUCGGAUGACUCAGUGGAACAUCAGCUGGAGGUCGGCUACGUCCGAGUUAAGAACUUGCUGCCCAACGAGCCGUUCCCAGAAGUACUAGUCCCGCAAGAGCCGUCCGGUCGUGCGCCACUAGCUCGCCGCGCGGCGCUGCGUGUGUUCUGCAGGGACCGGCCGCCAGUCGGGGGCAUUGCUGUCAAAGAACAUUUUGAAGUCAACAUCGUUCCUAUUAAGAUUGGUCUAACGAAGAAGUUCUUCAACACAAUGCUUAAGUUCUGCUUUCCUGAGCGAGACCCUGACUCGAUAGAGGAUGGUGAGGAAGAAACAGAAGGGACACUCAAAGCCGGAGCCUCCUCCUCUAGCCUCGUCUCUACCGGCUCUAAGAAGAUCAAGAAGAAGAGCAAAGAUUCCAAUUCUAACUUCUAUGUGAAGAGAGAUAAGAAGGAUAAAGAUGAUGUUGAGAAGAUGAAGGAGCGAGCAGAAAAGAACAAGCUGUUCAUCUACAUAAAGAUCCCAGAGGUACCAGUGAGGGUUUCCUACAAGGGAAGCAAGGAGAAGAACCUCGAGGAUGUAAGGGACCUACCACUGGUACUUCCUACGCUGGAGUACCACAAUGUGACGUGGACUUGGCUGGACUUGUUACUGGCUACUAAGAGUGAUACUAGACGGGUGAUAUUAUCGCAAGCUAUAAGACAGAAGCUGCAGCUGCACAGACGCGCUGCUGCGGCACCAGAGCCGCACGAGGAGGAUAAAGCCAGGUUACUGCUGGGAGAGAGGACGGUGGCGGAAAAUAAACCACAGAAGAAAAGUACUCCCAGCGUGUUCAAAUUCUCCAAAUCAUAGCGUAAGUGAAGGAUGUACUUUAUAGAGCGGCAUUUAUCUACGAACCAAACGUAUUGACUGUCGCUUGAAUGCCUAAAUGCAAUUUUGAAAUGGUUUUAAAUUACG